UUGUUCUUGAUGUGGAUCUAGGGGUGUCAGAGAACUACGUCAUGCCUCUAGCGCUUAUCUUCGAUAUCUGCUGAGUGUCUACUCAAAGACGGUUCUGGCUUUUAUACAUGCGGAGACUGAUGAGGCACAUUCUGGAGGUACAUGAUUUGCAACCACGUCGGAGAACGCUGAACCGUCGUACUUAUCUCACAACCAUCGUUCCCGCUCAUCGCAAGGCUCUCACACGUCUGUUCGUAUCAUCGCAUAUCCUCGCCGUCGAGGUCCUUCGUUGGGGGGAACGCUAUCGCCCCAAAAUCCCUCGAGAAUGGCGGCUGUGUCGAUUUUGCAAAAUCGCCGUUGAGGAUGAGGUACAUGCCCUGCUCCUUGCAGCUUUCCCCCUUGGAGCCGAGAUUAGCGCAAUAUGUACAUCAUGUACUGGAGGAUUUUGGAGCGACAGCGAUAUACGUCGCACCGGAAUCACUCUGGAAAUCUGCUAG